UCCAUAGCGCUGCUCAGACCUGCUGAGUGAGUUGAUUCUUCAACUUCUGACUCGCGUCCUCAGGAGAAACCAGGACGAUGAGCGAGUGCAGCCGUUUUUACGACCGUUUCUUAUCCGGUUCUCUUUAUUCCUACGGUUUGCGUUUGUCGAUUAUGGGAAAUCCACUUUUUUAAAGCACCUGCUCGGCCGAGGAACUAAUCGAGGAGAAUCCAGCGGUGGAAAUCUGCGUUUGUAUUUGGCGAGGGGACAUUUUUUAUUUGAUCUAAUCAUCGCGUCCUUUCACCGGAGAAAAGAUGAGCUGCUUCAGUGAGAGGAGAAGACGCACAUCUCCCAUGGGGGGCAGCAGCCGAAACGAACUGGUCCCCUCCAAACUCCCCAGGAUGAACGGGUGGUCGUGGCCCCCUCAGGCCUUCCAAGUGGCCGGCUGGUUGGUGUACAGCUUCUUCGCCAUAGUCGGAUUCGGCAUCUACAUCCCUCUUCUUCCUCUACCGUGGAACCAAGUGCUCUACUCCCUGACGGGCAUAGCAUUUAUCGUGCACCUUUUCGCGCACAUUGCUGCAGUCACUAUAGACCCAGCAGAUGCCAGCGUCAGGGCCAAGCAGAGCUACUCCAGCCCAAAGCCACUUUUUGAUCGGAAAAACCAGCAGCAUGUCAUCCAGGACCUGCACUGCUAUCUAUGUGAUGUCAAGGUUGGCCCCAAAGUGAAACACUGCGGUGUUUGCAACAAAUGUGUGGAAGACUUUGAUCACCAUUGCAAAUGGCUGAACAACUGCGUGGGUGGGAGAAACUACUGGUGCUUCUUUGUGGCACUGUGCUCUGCUACGAUGGGGUCCUUCCUGCUCGUUGUUGUCAUCUUCUUCAUCUUUAUUCAGCAUUACCUGGACCCAAACACUCUAAGAACUGCUCCACAGUUUGGUAGUAUGCUGGGGAAUGGGACCUGGCUGGCGUUUAUACCAUUAGCACCCAUAAAGACUAGUUCAGCUGGUCUCCUCAUAUUGGCCUUUAUAACAGUGAUGCUGUGCAUCGUCUGCCUGCUGCUGCUCUGUCAUCUGCUGGGUUUUCACUUUUACCUCUUUGCUAAAGGAAUAAGCACCUAUGAUUAUGUCAAGAUGCAGCGCCAGAAAGAAGCUAGAAUCAUAGACAUUGAAGCAGGACAAUCCAACGAUGCCAAAACUCAUAACAAGGCCCCAGAGAACCAAGAUCACUCAAUCGACUGUGAGCCUGCAUUAUCACAGAGUUCAAGUACCUGCAAAUUUGAUGAUGGAGUCCUACUUAGCAGCAGAAUUCCCGGGUCCAUAUGUACAGAGCUGGAAAACCUGAAGAAAUCAACGGAGAAGGAGAAUCGUUUACACUAUGGAACAAAAAUCCCAACAGAGAAGACAGAAAGGGAAAUAAAUGACAUCAAUUGCUGGAGGCCUAGUGCUGAUGAAGAGGCUCAGAGCCCCAGUGUGCAGUCUGUGGACAGUGUUCCUGUGGUGCAGGACCCUCUGGGCAGCUCAGUGAUGACUCCAGACGAUACGUGAUAGGAACUGACGUGUGAUGAGCAGCAGGGACCGAUGAUAUGCUGCUUUCAGGGACCAUGUAUUAUGAAUCUUUGCAUCGCGAAACUGAGCAUCGUGGACACAUUGUUGACAUGGACAGAGGACAUCGUGGACGACACCUCACAGUUUGAUACCGUUUUUUAAUUUUCAUCUAGUGGACAUUUUUUGUGCAGGACAAUUGUUCUUGUGUUUUUAUCUACACUGUGUUUUAAUGUCAGAUGAAUUAUUGUUUUUAUUUCACCGACUUGUACAGAUAGUCAGAUAGUUCAGCUCACAUACACUUAUAUUCAGAGUCACAUAGAUACAACAAUGCAUAGGAACAAUUUAGCUUCCGGAAAAGCUGAAACAUAAUACUUGAGUUUAUUGCUCUGAGCCAGAUGGGUUUCAUCAAGGCAUUUGCACCCUGUCAUUUUUUCUGGAGACCAAAGAGAGAACCUGACAUGACAAAACCCACCCUCUAACUCCUGCAGUAAAUCUGACAGCAGUUUGAAAAUGAGGCAGCAGUUCAGCUUCCGGUUAACUGUUGAUAUCACAAAGCCAUCAGUGCUUUGUGUAUUUUAUGGCUGAAUUUGAUAGUCAACUAUAAAAACAGACCAUAUUUUCUAUAUUAUUUGUAUUCUUUAGCUUCUUUACCACACAUUGACAACCAACCAUAUCCAGAUUGUGGGUAUUCCUAGUUUCUGUAUAUAUUCUAAGAUAAACAGGUAUUUACUGGUUGAAUUUGCCUCAAAACAUUUGUUAGCCUGUAGCUGCUGAGCAUGCUCAGCUAAAAAAAAAGCCUCUGUGUGUUGCUAAACUACUUUUAACUGACAAUAACCUAAUGCACUUUAAAGUAAAAUGCUAUUCUGGAAAAAAUGUAACCAUUUGUUUUUAUAUAACACACUAACUAAAGCAGUUUGAGAGCAGAGUGAUUCACAGUUAUUUUAGUGGGAUAGUUCAGACGUGUUACCGGGCAACAGGAUUGGGUGAAUACACAGCCAGGACUAACAAUAAUUACCCAAAGAAAAUAAACAAGAAAGACUUAUCUUGUAAGACAUGUCCACUGUGUUUCAGUUGGCAAAACCUAAAUCUAAAACAGAUAUCAGGUAUCCAGGAGACUGUCAAAGUAUAUUUCUACUCGUUGUGUCCGUAAGAACAAUUGCUCUGUUCUCAAGAGAAUCAGCAUCAAGCUCUGCAGCUCUUGGUGGCUUUUGUGUUCACAGCUACUUUUAAAAUGUUUUUUCUUACCUGUGGCCUUAAUGUGAUUGGAGCCAGUGUCAAGAAACCUUCACAGCGAGUGCUCCUAGCAUCGCUGUUUGUUUCCUAAAAGGAGCAGUCAUAUUCAAAUCAAAAAGUACAUGAACUAAACAUUUAUUUAUCUGUCAAUUGGAUUUGAGUCUUUGAGACACAAAUUGUAGGUUUUAGUGUUAAGUUCUCUUAGUGUUUUUAAGCCGUUACAUAUUUGCACCACCAGAGGGCUGUAGACACUGGAAGACUUGUGUUUUUAAGUUGAUUGUUAAACAAGGGUCUGUCUGGGUGGUUUAGGUUUCAUCGGUUUGUUUCAGAGAGAACUACCUGUCAUGUGCUUAUCUAAUGGAGCCAGCCUCUUCCUCCUUCAUAGACUUUAUAGGGGAGAAAUCUAUUGUUCAGUCAUUUCUUAUCAUGGCUUGAAUUACUUGGCCUGAUAGGCCUUUAUUUCAUAGCACAUCAUAAAGCUGCUCCUAUAUCACAUUGAGAAUGACUCAGUUCGGUUCCCUGUUCUGGUUGCAUGGUUUGAGGAAGCCCUGACAGUGAAACAGCGAGUCCUCAUGCACCCGGCUCACUGAAACCAAAUCAGCAAAUAAAACACCAUCUCUGAUUGUGUUAUUUACACCGGUGCUGUACCUGCUAUAACCACUGCAUUGCAUUGUAUUGUAUUGUAUUGUUUUGUCAUGGUCUAUCCAUACUACUGUUUGUAAGAUAUAAUCUGUCUCCUUAUUAAUUAUUUGUCUAAGAGGCAAAUUAUGUGGGAGUAACAUCAGAAACAAACAGAGGACUUUAUCAGUAUGAAAUAACAAAAUAGGACUAUUAAGCCACGUUGCAAUCACACAACUAAAAGAGGUGUUUAAAUAGUAAGUAUUCCCCCUAUCUAUUUAUUCUCUAUGUAAAUAAAUCAUGAGAAACAGGAGGAAGGAAAAGGAUCAGAGAAAAGAUUUGCCUCAUGACCUUACACCUAUAUGGGAUGUGUUUCAAACGUUUGUUAGCCAUAGAGGAACCGUUUUGUUUUUUUCUGUACAGGUUUUAUUGCAAAAGCUGAUUUCACAAAUGUGGCACAGGGACUGUUCAACUGUUGACUGUGAUAGUAAAGUGACUUUUUUUAACCUA